AUGAGAUCUUCGUCAGGUCAAAGAUGGGCGGUGCUGCUUAUCGCUGCUGUGUAUUGGUUCGCGACGACGGUUUGUGGGCAAGAUCCGCCUGCUGCUUAUCUACAGACUCCGUCUGCUGAGCAGCUUGAAUGGCAUCGCCUAGAAUACUAUGCAUUCGUUCAUUUUGGUCCCAAUACAUUUACGGGUGAAGAAUGGGGACGUAGUCAGAGCACUCCUGAUGUGUUCAAGCCAGCGGCGCUGGACACCGACCAAUGGGCCAAAUCUUUCGCUGAUGCCGGUAUGGCGGCUAUGAUUCUGACUGCGAAACACCAUGAUGGAAUGGCGUUGUGGGACACCAACACUACCACAUACAAAAUUGGCAAUGGAGCUUGGGCGAAAAACCGCACCGCCCAAGGCCUCAGUGCCGACGUGGUGAAACUAGCAGCUGCUUCCGCGAAGAAAUAUGGUAUCAAAUUCGGCAUCUACUUAUCUCCAUGGGACAUACACCGCGACCCUGCCAUGCCCAAGGCGAAAUUGGCCGACACAUUAUAUGAUGAGCCACAAAUCUUCGGAGAUAACAGCCCCGGAGAUUACAACGAAUUCUACGCCAAACAAUUGACGGAGCUAGUCACCAUGAAAUACGAAGAUAGCACACCCAUUGAGCUAUCUGAGUUAUGGCUUGACGGAAAUAGCGGGUCUAAUACCGUGCAGACCUUCAAUUGGACCAACUUCCGCAACAUCAUCCGUGAACACCAACCAAGUGCCAUUAUGUGGGGCCACCAAGGUGUGGAUGCACGAUGGGUAGGAAACGAGGAUGGGGUGACGGUAGCCACGAACUGGCACUCCAUUUCCCGAACCCAAGAUCAGGAGCAUUACUCCGGUGACGAGUUGCAGACUGGUGUGCGGGAUGGCACAUACUGGACACCAGCGGAAGCAGACGCGCGGAUACGGAAUGGGUGGUUCUACCACGCUACCGAGAGACCCAAGUCCGCCAGCACAUUGAUGGACAUGUACCUACAAUCUGUAGGGCGAAGCGUAAAUCUACUCCUUGACGUCCCACCCGAUACCACGGGUCAAAUCGUCAAAAGCGACGUAGAUAUUCUUCUCCAAUUCAAAGCCCAACGGGACGCAUUCCUCAACCGCACACUCCUCACUCCAGGUCUCGAGGUAAACGCAAGCAGCAUUCGCGAUGAUAACUCCACAUUUUUUGGACCGGGUAACGUACUCGAUGGCAAUUUCACUACGUACUGGGCAAUUACCGACGAGGAAACUACUGGUUCGAUUGAGAUUGACCUUGGGGGUAAUCAUACUGUUGAUGCGUUUAUUACGCAGGAGCAUAUCGCCUUAGGCCAGCGAAUCGGUGGGUAUGUGAUCGAUGGGCUUGUGGAUGGUGAUUAUAAGACGCUUGUCAGGGGUACAUCGUUGGGGUAUAAAAGGAUUGAUACGUUGGAUGAGCCGGUUGAGACGAGUCAGAUACGUUUGCGUAUCACACAGGCGAAUGCUACGCCUUUGAUUAAUAGCUUCCAGGUACUGGGGGUUUGA